AUGAGCAAAGAAGAGCGAGUAGCCCAACGCGCACGGCUCAAGAUCCUGGACGCACCGUCUCCACAACCUGAUCCACCAGCCAAGAGGCAAAAGACCACUCCUGAUGACGAAAAGAACGAUCCCAGCCUUGCCGACCAGAUUGCCGCGGUCAGCCAGCAGUUGGUGGCAGCAAAGUCCGACCUCGCCAUGCGCAAGAAGGUUUUGGAAGAAGAGCAAGAGAAGGGAGCGGCUCUUAAACACUUCGACAUGGCCUUCACCUACGGCCCCAAGGAGCGGGAGGAUCUGUUGGAGAGUAGCAAGGUUCUCACCAAGCACCUGAACUUUCACAGAGACCAGACCGUGGCUAAGUGA